GAAUAACGGCAGUAAGAACUAAGAAGUGAGAAAAGUGAUCUGAAAAUUGGAAAAAAGGAACUGAAAAGCUAAAACCUCUACGAAAAUCCAGAAUUAGCGCUUUCAGAACCCAAAUCAAUUUGAAAAAUUAUUUCAACACAAUCUGUUAACCCAAUUCCUAUCAACAUUUUAUUUUGAUUUCAGCUUCAAAAAUGUGGUUGUAGAUUUAUUAAUCCUCGAUUAUGAAAUUAGGGCUUUCUCUCAAAUUCGAUCAUUCUUGAACAGGUUUUGUGAAAGCUGCUUUUAAUGAUGUCAAGACCCUUGUUACUUGUAUUUCUACUGCUUAUACUCAUAAUCACCUCUCAGUUUGAGUGGCGACAACAAUUUGUUGCAGACCUUGACACUACACCGACUAUCAACCAGAAGCAGUACCAAAUUUCGAAGAGGGAAGAAGCUGUAAAAGAGAAGAUUAUCUUAUCACAAGAGAAGAAUAUACAGAGACUUAAUGAACUUGUACGGAGUCUUCAGGAACAAUUGUUGUUGUGCAGGGACAGUAAUAGGACGACAAAUGGGACUGUAAACCACAUGACCAACCAUGGUAUUGAGCUUGAACGACAGCAAAUGCUGGAGGACUAGGCAAAGGCCAUACAACUGUCUCUUUAAAUAUUUGGUCUGUUGAUGUUGUAAAACCUUCAUCUCUGUGCCCAAUUUCAUUUUGAGGUUCUUUCUGAUGUGAGUUUUGUAUCUUCUUCAUUCUACUGAAACAUUUGUGAUGUUAUAGGGCCACUAUACCCAUUUGAAGUAAUUUAUAGGUAAAAAAGCAGUGUAUUCUUA